AUGACCUCGCGUCUUGUGCUGGUCAUUGGAGACCUCUUUAUCCCUGACAGGGCUCCAGACAUUCCUGCACGAUUCAAAAAACUCCUUACCCCAGGAAAGAUCGGCCAGAUUCUAUGUUUAGGCAACCUCACAGAUCGCGAUACCUUCGAAUUCUUCCGCCAAAUCGCGCCAGACCUACAACUCGUUAAAGGCGACUUCGAUGUCGACUCUCCGAACCUCCCCUUAUCCAAAGUCGUGACGCAUGGCAGCCUCCGUAUCGGAUUUACUCAUGGCCAUACCAUAAUCCCGCCCGGCGAUGCCGAUGCCUUGCUCAUUGCGGCCCGGCAGAUGGAUGUCGACGUUCUUCUCUGGGGAGGCACACAUCGUUUUGAGGCGUUUGAGUUGGAAGGACGUUUCUUUAUCAACCCGGGCAGUGCAACUGGUGCCUUUAGUACGGGCUAUUUCCCGGAUGGACAGGAGCCGGUUCCGAGUUUUUGCUUGAUGGAUGUCCAAGGAGAUGUAUUAGUUCUCUACGUUUACCAGCUCAAGACUGACGCCAACGGGGCCGAAACGGUUGCUGUCGAGAAGGUGUCUUUCCGCAAGCAAGGUGCUCCCGCAUCUUGA